CCUCACACCAUCACACAGCGACACACCCCUGCGCUGCCAGCGCCACACCUCGCGCACCAUGCCUGCGCCCACAUCCUCUACUGGGCAGCACUACCCUCUCAUCGAGGGCUACUCACUCGUGCAUCCCAUCGGCGGCGGCGGCUUCUCCAAGGUCUUCCGCGCCGUCAAUUCUGCAGCGCCCGUGCACAAGGUCGCCGCCGUCAAGGUCGUGUCCUACGCGCGGCCCUCGGCGCACUCCUCGCGCCAGCAGCACCCGCCGGACCGCCGUGCGCUGCAGAAGGAGGUGCAGAUCCACGCCGUGCUCAAGCACGCCAGCGUGCUCGAGUUCAUUGCGGUGAAGGAGGUGGGCCUGGGCAAGGACGGGGAGCGGGCCAUGGCGCUGGGCAACUAUGUGCCGGGCCUGUACAUGGUGCUCGAGUACGCCGAGGGCGGCGACCUCUUCGACAAGAUCCCGCCGGAUCAGGGACUCGAUGAGGGUCUGGCGCACUUUUACUUCCACCAGCUGCUCUCGGCCUUGGAAUACAUCCACGGCCAGGGCAUUGCACACCGCGACGUCAAGCCAGAGAAUCUCCUGCUCGAUGCACAAGGCAAUCUCAAGCUCGCCGACUUUGGCCUGUGCAGCGUGUACAAGUACCGCGGGCAGGAGCGCGACCUGCUGGGAGCGUGUGGCAGCCUACCGUACAUCGCACCAGAGAUGAACGGCAAGCCGUACAAGGGCGAGUUUGUCGACGUGUGGAGCACGGGCGCUGUACUGUUCGCCAUGCUGGUCGGCAACACGCCAUGGGACGAGCCGACAUCGCGCAGCCCGGAGUACAGCGCAUACCUCACCGGCGAGCUCUUCAAGUACGAGCCGUGGCCGCGGCUCAGCCCGGACAUGCUCUCACUGCUGCGCAAGAUGAUGUGCCCAGACCCGAAGCGGCGCAUCAGCAUCAAGGGCAUCAAGGAGCACCGCUGGUACACAAUGCCCAACUCGCUGCUCGAGAACGGCAAGUGCCGCGACCCAGUCACGCUGGCCGAGCGGCUGCUGCAGGGCCUCAUCGUCUCUGGCGACCUCGACUUUGACCUGCACUCGGACGGCCAGCGCGCACAGGUGCCCGAGACCGUCUCGUUGACGCAGCCCGAGUGGAACGAGCGCUCGGCAGAUAUGGGCGCGAUGGGCGACUGGCGCGCGCCCAUGCCGCCGUCGUCGGCCGUCGCGUCGCUGGGCGGCGAGGCGGUGCAGGCGCGCAGAGCGCGACACGAGGCCAUGUCGCAGCAGAUCGGCGCGCGCCGCGCCGCCUUUCCGGGCAGCACGGCCGAGGCGGGUGCGCAGGCCAGUCAGUUCACGCAGGCGAUCAACCACUUUACACAAUUCUCGUCACUCGCACCUGCGUCGACGCGCUUCUCGCCGCACCUGACGCGCUUCUUCUGCGCGGCCGAGCCGGCGCUCGUGGCGCGCCUGCUCGUCGAGCGCCUCGACGCGCUGGCCGUACAGAACAGCAUCUCGUCGAUGGGCGACGACGAGAGCGAGCUGCUGGCCGCCGCCGCCGAAGCUGCCGAUGACGCCAGCAUGGACGGCGACGGCGACACGGACAUGGACGGCUCGGCGCCGGCGCCGCAGCCGCUCGCGCGCAGCAGCAGCGGCAACCUGCCCGCCAGCGCCAUUGGCUCGCGCGGCGCACGCAUCCGCCUCGGCACGAUGGACCGGCGCAAGUGCGUGCUCAAGGGCGAGAUCCGCAUCGAGACGCUCGCCGCCGCCGUCAGCGCCGGCCCCAACGCGCCCAAGUGCCUCGUCUUUAUGCGCCGCUCCAAGGGCAACCCGCUCGAGUGGCGCCGCCUCUUCCGCAGCCUCGCCGGCGACGUGCAGCGGCAGAUCUCGCAGCGGCUAGGCUGACAAUGUAUGCAUACAAGUGG